AUGUAGAAGAUGGUUUAGUUAAUGGAGUCUGUGGAAAAUUGGAAAAAAUAACUUUUAAAUCAGGUACAGAUGAACCAAUGAAAAUGUGGUUAGAAUUCAAUAAUGAUAGGAUUGGUGUUGGAAAAAGGCGACCAUACGUAGGGUAUAUGAAUGAAAAUAACAUGAAAAUGAGUUUGGUUCUGCUCUCACAAGUAUCUAUUGUAUUGAAUAUUAAUGAAAGAAUGGGGUAUCAGAUUGUGAGAGAACAAUUUCCUAUCACGCCAGCCGAGGCAUUAACAAUUCAUAAAAGUCAAGGACAAACCUACGAAAAAAUGUGUAUUGAUUUAACAGAGAGCUAUCGUAUGACAAGGGCAAUGCUUUAUGUAGCAUUGAGUAGA